CACCCCACACUCAGCCUUCUCGCAGACCUAUCCUAUGCUCAGAGGCCAGCCCACUCGAGCAACCCUGCCGCAGUCCUUCAGUGUCACAACUCUUCCCCUCGCCCUGUCGUGUGCUUUGCGGACCAUGUCGACCAAGCCGUCACUCAAAGCCGCCGAGGACUUUCUGUCCUUUGUCAAUGCCUCGCCGACGCCUUUCCAUGCUGUGAAAUCAGCCAGAGAGCGGCUGGAGAAGGCAGGCUUCAAACAAAUUAAGGAACGAGAUUCGUGGGCAUCAACCAUCCAUCCCGGUGGGAAGUACUUCCUCACUCGAAAUGGGUCCUCGAUCGUUGCGUUUGCUAUCGGCAAGAAAUGGAAGGCCGGCAAUCCGGUCGGCAUGAUCGGCGCGCACACAGAUUCGCCGUGCCUACGUAUCAAGCCGGUGUCGAAGCGUCAGAGCGACGGCUUCCUGCAGGUGGCUUGCGAGACCUACGGUGGUGGACUAUGGCACACAUGGUUCGACCGGGAUCUGUCCAUUGCUGGACGCGCCAUGGUCAAGACGAACGAGGGAACUAUUGAGCAGCGCUUGGUCAAGGUCGAGAGACCGAUCCUACGGAUACCUACCCUGGCCAUCCAUCUCGACCGUCAGGAGAACUUCCAGUUCAACAAGGAGACGCAGUUGUUUCCAAUUGCUGGCUUGGCGGCAGCGGAACUGAACAGGCAGGGGAAGGCCGAGGAGACCAAGGAGGAAGAGAAGGAUGGUCCGUUUGAGCCACUGGUCACUCCAUCCCAGCGGCAUCAUUCGUAUAUCGUCGAGAUCAUCGCAGAGGAAGCGGGCGUCGAGCCGAAGGAUAUCAUGGAUUUCGAGAUGGUGCUUUACGACACGCAGAAGUCCGUCGUCGGUGGCCUGAACAACGAGUUGAUCUUUUCUCCGCGGUUGGAUAAUCUGAUGAUGUCGUAUUGCAGCGUGGAGGGCCUGAUCAACAGUCUUUCGUCGCCUGGGUCGCUAGACAAGGACUCCACCAUCCGCCUAAUAGCCCUCUUUGAUCAUGAGGAAAUUGGAAGCUUGACCGCGCAAGGAGCUGACUCAAAUCUGCUUCCCGCUGUCGUCCGUCGCCUCUCGGUAUUGCCGGCCUCCGACUCUCCCAACUCAGAUCAAUCCUACGACAGGCUCGAUGUCGAUACAGCGACCGCAUACGAGCAGACUCUAUCCACCUCGUUCCUCAUCUCGGCAGACAUGGCGCAUUCAGUGCAUCCGAACUAUCCCGCCAAAUAUGAAGCUCAACACCGACCAGAGAUGAAUAAAGGAACCGUAAUCAAGGUCAACGCGAACGCCAGGUACGCAACCAACUCUCCCGGGAUAGUGCUUCUUCAGGAAGCAGCGCGCCGGGCGAAGAAGGCUUCCUCAAGCCCGUCAUCCGUGAAGGAAGGCGUGCCGCUGCAGAUGUUCGUUGUGCGAAAUGACUCCUCGUGCGGAGGUACGAUUGGGCCAAUGCUGUCGGCGGCGAUGGGGGCUCGCACGCUCGAUCUGGGAAACCCUCAGCUCAGCAUGCAUAGUAUUCGCGAGACGGGCGGCGCGCAUGAUGUCGAGCAUGCCAUCAAUCUGUUUGAGAGCUUCUUUGAGAACUUCGAGGAGCUGGAGAAAAAGAUUAUUGUCGACUGACUAGACCGUUCGAAGCUGUGAAGCAGGGUACUCGCAUGUAGAUAGCUUAGGAAGACGUGGGGUCAGUGCUGGCCAGGCUAUGACAAUCCGG